AUGUUAGUAAUUGACUGGUAUCAUCUUAUCGAUUAUUCAAAGUUUCAUAUUGCUGGUGGAUCUCUGCUAACAUGUCUUCUCGAAAAUGCUCCUGUAUCAAUUGGUCAAGAUAUUGAUUUAUUUUAUAAAGGGAUUUCGUACAAUGAUUUUUUAAAAUCAGUUACUGAAACAGAAGAAAAAAUACGAUAUUAUUUUUACAUAAAACGAGUCAACAAUAAUUCGAAUAAAUUAAUUAAUGUACGUUUAUUUAUUAAUGGAACAAUUAAAAGCCUUCUUCAACAGCCACAAUUUAUCGAUCUUCAAUUUAUUUUUAUUAAACCAAAUUAUACACCAGAUCAAUUGUUAACUAAUUUUGAUAUUGAUGUUACACAAUUAUCAUUUAAUGGUGAAAAUUUACAAGGUACAACGGCAGCUAUACAAGCCAUACGAACAUCAACUAUUAUACAUUAUGGUCUAAAUAAUGAUGAUAAAGAUUAUGCACCGAUGGCUACUCGUAUCAGUAAAUAUGUGAGGUAUGGUUUUAAGCUUCUAACACCAUGUGAUUUCAAUGUCAAACGAUUUGAAGUUUCACCAACAUAUAUUAGUAAUCGAGGCAUUCAACUCCACAUACAACAAAACGAUCCAAAUCAGGAUCAAGGUUAUUCAGAAUUAUCAUAUAGUGAAUACAAUUAUAUCAAUCAAUCUGGUAGUUCUAGUUUAGUUUUUAGUUUUAUGUAA